CACAUGACCUGCAAUUUACCCAGUGUACUGGCAGUGGUGGAGGGAGCAAAAGAGGAGAGUUUGCGUCCGAGUGCAAGCGGUGCGGCGAGUGACUGAAGUGCGGCAGGGAGGGAGAGCUGUAUCGGUCAGGCCAUGGGUUUCCGAAAGAAGAACAAGAGCCCGGCGGUGCUGAGCCACGAGUUCGUGAUCCAGAAUCACGCUGACAUGGUUUCGUGUGUGGCUAUGGUCAUUCUCCUCGGCCUGAUGUUCGAGGUGACAGCGAAGUUUGCCAUCAUGUUCAUCACUGUCCAGUACAAUGUGACUCAAAGUCUCGAUGAGAGGGCUGAGCCAGUGAACCUGUACCAGUACGGUCCUAAAGACAUGGCCACUGUGUUCUUCUAUCUGCUCAUCGCUGUCAUACUCCACGCCUUAAUACAGGAAUACAUUCUUGAUAAAAUGAAUAGGCGGUUGCAUCUGUCAAAAACCAAACACAGCAAGUUCAAUGAAUCGGGACAGCUUGCUGCCUUCUACUUGAUCUCCUUCAUCUGGGGCUGCAGCAUCUUAACAGCGGAGGAAUUUGCAACAAAUCCUACUUUCCUAUGGGAGGGCUAUCCACACACCCACAUGGUGUUUCAGGUGAAGUUCUUCUACAUUUGCCAAAUGGCCUACUGGCUCCACGCCCUUCCUGAGCUGUACUUCCAGAAAGUGCGAAAGGAGGACAUUCCCCGCCAGCUCUAUUACAUUUGCCUUUACGUCUUCCACAUCACCGGUGCCUACGUCUUAAACCUCCACCGGCUGGGCCUGGUGCUGCUUGUACCUCACUCCCUGGUGGAGCUCCUGUUCCACGCCUCGCGCCUCUUCUAUUUCAGUGACGAGAACAAGCAGAAGGGUUUCACUUUGUGGGCGCUGCUUUUCGUCAUCGCACGCCUCGUCACCCUCACACUUUCCGUACUGACAUUUGGCUUCGGACUGCCCCGUGCAGAGAACCAGGGAUUCUCACUGGCGGAGGGAAACUUUAAUGUGCUCACCGUUAGGAUGACAUGCCUGGCUGCCAUUUGCCUCACCCAGGCCUGGAUGAUGUGGAAGUUCAUCAACUUUCAGCUGAAGAAGUGGAGGGAGCACAGCCAGAGCCAGGCUUCCAAGUUGAAGGCUAUCAGCCCAAAGAGCAAGCCCCACAAGAAGGACCCAGCCCGGGGAGGUUCUGCCAACGGUGUGCUGAAGUCUGAUGACAAGACAUCACCUCGGGCAAGAAAAGUCUUGUAGAAAUGGAGGGAGAGAACUAAGUGAGGGGGCUGCUCUCAAUGUGACACUUUUCACCACUUAAAAAGUGAACUUACUGUUCGCCAAAACAACCACUUAAGCGCACAAAGAAACCGUAACUUAACCAUCUCUUGAGUUAGAACUGUUAAAAACUAGGUUCAAUGUUUUGAUGGCCUGAUAAGUUUGUGUUAAGUCGUUCUUUCUCAGGGUGUAAUGUAGGUCGGGCAUGGUCGACUGGUUAAACGCUAUAACUGGAUAGAUUGGUUAAAGUGUCCCUUUUUGGAGGUCAAACAAGCACUGUUCAAUUUGCAUUGCAAGAGUGCAUGUCAGGAUUCAUGUUCUCUACCGAACAUGUAAAAGAAAGUGUGGGGAAACGUUGGGCAUAAAGUUUAGCCUUUUACCUGGCCGUUGGUUUCAAUUGAAUAGAGACCUCACCAUUAACUCCUAAAAGGUGUCUGUUUACUGCCUGUAUUGUUACCUGCCUUUUUGCCAUAUGAAACCUGGGCUAUUAUGGGAUUGAGGGCACUGUUAGUCAUUAGUAGCCCCAUCUUCUGACUCAACUGGCCUUCAUCCAGGAAUCUGUACUGCUGACGGGCGAUACUGUCUUUAUCCAUGCAGAACUAGAUCUCUUGAGCAAAUUAUGCAUUCGUGUAAGAGUAGGAUUUGUGCAGGAGUUCAGGUGAGGUUUGUGUGUUUCAGUUCAGUAUUUCGAGCCGUGAUAUUUUCAUUAACAACGGCAAUCCUUUAUGCGCUCAAGUUAUUGUUAAGCUUCAAGGGUCAUGGUGAGGUUUUGACGUGCUGUCAUGUUUGAGUUUGCAUAUCUCAGAAGCAUUCAGUGGCCUUUUUUCACAUCCGCUGGUAGAGUUAAGUUAUUUAUUUCAGUCGUAUCUUGUUUAUUUUUAUAUCAUGCUUUGGCAACUCCCUAACCAGCAUAGACGAGGUACAAAGUGAAACGCUUUGUCUCAGUGCUCAACCCAAAUGAUACAAUACUCCUUUAAGUGUCCUUAAAAUGUCAGUGGCGCGAGCUGUGAAAUUCUCCUUGGGUUUCCUUUUCUGUUUGCCUUUUUUAUAUCGGGGUAUAUGAUGGCAGGCAGCUGCCUCCGGAAACACCCACCUAUUAUACUGUACUUCUCAUUCUCAGAUGGGAGAGGUGCGUGUUUGAGCCUUUGUGUGUUGUUACCUGUGGUAAUGCUUCUGUUGUGUCCGUGAGGAAGUGAAUGCUCCGCAUGAGUCAUGCUUUCGUCUUGGUGGGGGGGAAAAAAAGUUGUUGCCCUUGUGGCAUUAUAGAAUGCGACAUAACCAGUUUAUUGACUCCCCUCGUUUCCUUUUGAAAUCCUCUACCUUGUUUUCAUUUCACCCUUUUUGUUCAUUUACAAAAGGCCUUUGUAACGAAGACGAUGAGUGACAACUGAGUAUAUUCUAUAUGAAGUUAGUUGUUGGAUGCUUACAACCUCUGGCCCUUAACCCUGUCCUGUAUGAAAGAGAUUCUGUGACUUCUGUUUGCCAAAUUUGGGGUGACUGGGGGCUUCUUACUCCACCUUUCCAGUGAUUUGGACAUUUGCCUUUGGACACUUGUUAUGUCCUACUGUAGACCCAAUGCUGUUGCCACCAAUGGGCCAGGUUACCAGUCCUGCUAUGGUGAACCAGUGUGCCGGAUCACAACUCUGCUUCGCCAACUUCUCUGACUAGUGUUAUAGUUGGCUGAAGCAUAUACUGGUCUGGGACCAGUAGGUUGCAUAUAUAUAUAUUUUUGGGGGGGCAGGAAGUACAUGAGUCGUAACUAGUUUAGUCCUCAUAACGCUCUAUCUUAAGUUGAGUGUGGAGGACUUGUGUUCUGUUAUGUGGCAAUGUCUCUGAGGAGGAAAGGUGGAGCAGAGGACUUUUUACACCAGUCUGUACUUUACUGUAUCUGAUGUUUAAAAUCUACAUGAAUCUAACGCUACACUUUACUAAAAAUGGUCCGAUUCUUUUUUUUUAAAGCUAUUUUUAUAUAUUCGAAGAACUUAUUCAUAUCUGUGUGCUGAAUAUUUUAUCUGAGUAUUAUUUUGCAUCCACGUUGGCAUGUUUUUAUACAUCAGAAGACAAAGCUUUCUCCCCUUUCUAAGUCAGGGUUCACAUUUCACCUUCACUAUCGUAGUCUAUUUCAUAGACUAGGAUGUAUAUAUUGAGUAGAGUAAAUAAGAACCAUUCUGCCAUAAGAUGAUGCUCAGAAAGCACUAUACGGAAAACUGUCUACUGUAGUUUUAUUGUAUUCUACUGUAAUUGCUAUCUGCUGUCCAGUAGCAAAGCUACUGUUUGAUCAGCAAGGAUCCUGAUAUGUUUGUUUUUAUUGUUCUAAGGUGUAUUUAAAUCACUUGGUCGUCCUACUCUUACACUAGCCUGAUCCCAGACCUGUGUGUCUGCUUUAGCCAGCUCCUCUGCUAGCAUGACAACCAUAGUCAGAGAAGUUGACUAGGAUAUUUAGUAUCUGAUCAAGGACCAGGCUAUUGCUGACCCUGUAAAACAACACAUUUCACUUCACCUAGCUGGUGUGUGGCACUAAAACAUCUAACUAUAUACGACACUUUGGUGAAGUGAUAAUUACAAUAAAGGAAAGAUUAGCAUUUUGCCCUUCAUUCCUUUUAUGAAUUGAUUUGAUGUGAUGGUGCACCGUGUGAGGGGCCGAGUAACAGGAGUUUCUCUAUCCAGGUUAGGACACAUGCUAACCCUCUCUGAGUUGUCUUCUCACUGCUACAACCGCUAUUGGAAUAUACAGUGUAGUGAAGCAUGACACCGAUGGAUGCCGCUGUGUAUGGUUGUAGCACAGUUCUGUAGCCUCGACUGCAAUGACCAUUUUGAUCGCUGGUAAGGUGGCAAUGGGCCAACACAAUGCAAAGACCCAUGCUAAUAGUUUAUUAGUGUAUAUCAGCCCUUUAGGUGGCAACAACCAUUUGAUGCAUUUGCAAUGGGAUGUGUACUCCUUCAUAGCAGCCAGGUACACAGAAGAAAGCAUGGUUAUGGUUCAUGCACUGUCCUUGUUUUGUGUUAUUUUGCUGCUUGCUUCAAGUUUUUUUUACACGUGUUGUCUCUGAAAUUCUCUGGAAUGUAUUUAUGCAAAAUCUUGGUAUUUCUCAAGUUUUUCUUUGUUUGUACUUACUUCAUGUUUGAAU